UUCAACAUUGAUUUGAUGAUGUUUCUUUUAAAUAUGUUUGCUACAUUAUAGUUCCAAUGUGAAAUGUUUUUAAAUCCCAAAACGAUUGAAAAUCAUUACAAAGAAAAUAAUACCCAGCAAUUUAUUUGUUUUUCUCUGUUACAGAACGUUUAACUGAUAGUGAAUUGGCGGAAUUAACAAAUUCGCCGACUAAACUGCGCAAUUUCAUACAAAAACAAAAUGAGAUACGACGGUACAAUAAGAAAAUCCAGGCGAGGAAUAGAAUCAAUAAUUAUCUUAAGAAUCUCUCAAACGAUGAGAAGGUGAAACAGGCGAAAAUCUGUCAAUUUCUAGACAUUGCGCCAAAUGACGAGGAUAAUGUAGAUGAAUUUAUUCCUCCCAAUAAAUACGUGGUGGAUGAAAACACAAUCACCAGAGAUCUCAAUUAUUCCGACACUGAAAGCAAUCUGUCUAUGUCAGGGUCGAGCAAACAUUCAUCUGAAUUUAACGUUCCCCUGAAUCUGGUAUUUGAUUUGAGUGAUUACACCGUGGAUAAUGACUCAGCUAAUCCUCCAGCAGCGAAGAAAAGUAAAGAGGAAUACACCGUGGAGGCUAUCCGAUCUGUUGAAGAGAUCAACGCCGAACCACAUUUUCACAUAAAAUGGAAAUACUACCCCGAAUCUGAAUGUACGUGGGAACCGCUGAGGAAUGUGCGUGAUUGUCACUUGCUCGGUAAUUUUAUCAAUGACAUGGUCGAGGUUUAUAGUCACACGAUCUGGAGAAUUCUGGAGCAAGUUAUAAAUAUGAUAGAAGUGGGAAAUGAACCGAUCGAUGUCAAGAAGGCCGACGAAUAUGACCCAUACGCAUAUGUACUGGACUUUAUCCUAUUGGCCAUGCUUAAAAAUUCCGGCUCGAAACGGAAAAAGACCGAGGAGAAAAUUAUGAACAGGAUUAAGGAACAAACGCUUGUGAAGCCCUACUACUACAAACGAAAGCAACAGAAAAUCGAAAUGGCCGAGUGGAUGGAAGCGAUAAACAGAAUUGAGACCAAAGCAAAUCUAAGGGUCGAAAAUGAAGUGGACUAUGAGUCGCCACCGAAAAACUUCACUUACACAAUGUUCAAUAUUCCUGGGGCUGGCGUCGUCAUCCCCAACGAUCCUCCAAUCGGUUGUGAAUGCAUCGACGGCUGCAAUUAUCGCUCACAAUGUUGUGGAAAAAUGUCAGGCUCCCACUUUGCAUAUGUAAGCAAGGGAAAAGUGCUUCGUUUGACAAAAGGAACUCCCAUUUUUGAAUGUAAUAAGCGUUGCAAAUGUGGCCCCGAUUGCCUUAACCGCGUCGUACAAAACGGACGAAAAAACAGUCUGACAAUCUUCAAAACAAGUAACGGAUGCGGCUGGGGAGUGAGGACGGAAAAACCCAUACGCCAAGGAGAUUACAUCUGCGAAUACGUUGGUGAAAUUAUCACAGUGGAGGAAGGCGAUCGCCGCGGUAAAAUCUACGAUGCCGAAGGACGAACAUACCUUUUCGAUUUGGACUUCAACGACAACGACUGUUUAUAUACGAUCGAUGCAGCGUACUAUGGGAACAUAUCACAUUUCAUAAAUCACUCUUGCGAUCCAAACUGCAGUGUUUGGCCCGUGUGGGCAGAUUGUCUUGAUCCAAAUCUACCACGUAUUGCCCUAUUUGCCGUGCGACGGAUUGAAGCGGGCGAGGAAUUAACAUUUGAUUAUAUUAAUCAAAACGCCAACAAUAGAGCAACGGAAACAAAUCCGAGCUUGUUUGAAAGCUUAGGUCUAGAAGAAACUAGAGAAAAAGACAAGGAAGAUGGAGACGGUGGUAAAAGAUCCUCAGACAGAAUGGUAUGCCGUUGCGGUGCAAGCAAUUGCCGAAAAUAUCUGUUCUGAUAGCAGUUUUAGGGGAAGACGAGACGCUAAGAUAAGUGAAUUUCUAGAGUAAAGGAAAAUGACUGCAAAAAUUUAACAAGUUUAUCGACUGUUUGUACAUUAAAAGCAGGUUGGCGAAUAUUUUUAUACCUUUAACAGAUUUGAAAUAAUACGACAUGUAACUCUGCAAAAACAGUUACAGAAAUUAGGAAUUAAUGAUGACUUGAAAACGCGCGUAAAGCAUCUCGGAACCAGAGUUUUUCAAUACUCAACGCGCAAAUGGAUUUGAGUCGCAAUUGUAAAAAUCAAUGUACGUAAAAUUGGGUUACUCCUACUUGAAAAGUAUAUUACGUUACCCCCGCCCUGAAAGUUCACAUAAAAACCGUUGAUAAUCUGAAAGUAACAUUUCCCUAUGAAUUGGAGAAUAGUUUAUACUUGUUGGCAUUCAUUAGUAUUUUUAGGACAAAGAUGUUUUAGCGAAGGAGAAAACAUGAAAUCCAUAUGAACUAAAUAAUUUAAGAUUUAGAACUUACGCUUUUCUUUUUUAAGGAAGUGCUGAAAAAGCUUUUUUUUUUAUUUGAUUGUAUUAUCUGUCAUGUUCAUUGUUGCUAUUCUAAACGGAUUAUUCCUCUCUGAUCAGAGAGAGUCAAAUGUUAUAACGACAAUAGAAUCUUAAAAUCUCCUUUGCACACUCAAACGAUGUGUUCAUUGCGGAUUGUGUUAAUCGAACCCAUCGAUUUGAUUUAAGCACCUUUAGGAUUAUUGCUAUUAUGUAUUUAAUUUCUCAUUUUUAAAAGUAUUGUUUCCAAAAUGAUAAAAUAAAUCAAAGUUCUGUCUUUA